CUAGAAAGGCUUCAACUCCAAUUCCAGAUUCGGAAUUGGCUUUGGGAGCUGCAGAAGAUAACAUUCGUCUAUCUUUAAGGGAUUGCGACUUUAUUUAUUCCUCCAGAAGGUCUUCAACACCUCGAACCUGCCCCUGCCCGGAGGGCUUAUCUUACGCAGCAAUAUGUCCAACAAGCGCAUCGAACAAAGCGAAAUCGAGAAGUACUGGGAGAUCUUCGCAUCACUCGCAAAUGGCGGCAAAUAUCUCACGGGUGCACAAGCAGCGCCUGUGCUGAAGAACAGUCAGCUCAGAGACGAUCAGCUCGAGCGGAUAUGGGACCUAGCGGAUGUCGACAAUGAUGGCAAUUUAGAUUUCGAGGAGUUCUGCGUGGCCAUGAGGUUAAUCUUCGAUCUGGUCAACGGAGAAUAUGUGGAUGUACCACCAUCGUUGCCAGACUGGCUUGUUCCCGAAUCGAAAGCCCAUUUGGUGCAGGCCAAUCGGGCACUCACUGGGAAGCAGGUUCAGUUCGAGCGGAUUGAGGAUGACGAUGACUCUCCAGGACUGAAGGAUGGAUUCGAUUGGUAUAUGAGUCCGAGUGACAAGUCAAAAUAUGAGGAAAUAUACGAUGCGAAUAGGGAUAGGCGGGGAGAGAUUACAUUCGAGUCUCUGGAUACUCUAUACUCUUCUCUCGACGUACCCGACACCGAUAUCCGUUCAGCAUGGAACCUCAUAAACCCCUCCGCGUCCCCAGCUAUCUCGAAAGAUGCCUGCCUGGCAUUCCUGCAUAUCCUUAACAACCGGCAUGAGGGGUACCGCAUUCCCCGGACCGUACCACCGUCCCUCCGAGCAAGCUUCGAGCGGAACCAGAUUGACUACCAGAUCGACCAUCAACGCACAUCAUCACCAGCGCAGAAAUGGGGCUCAACGGGCGGCGAGGAGACAAGCACAGGACGGAAAGCAAAGUUCGGCGACACAUACCUAAGCCGGUUAGGAGUGGGUGGAAAGAGCAGCUACAGGCCUGCCGGUACCGAUUUCUCCUCUACAAAGACAACUGAGGAUUGGGAGGAGGUGCGGCUGAAGAAACAGCUGGCGGAAUUAGAGGCCAAGAUUGAGAAAGUCGAAGCAGCAGCAGCGAACAGACAUGGUGGACGACGCGAUACAAAGCCGGCUUUGGUGAAGCGGGAACUGGAGCAAUUACUGGAUUACAAACGCAGGGAAUUGCGAGAUUUGGAAUCGGGAGAGGGGAAGAGCAAGAUUGGCGCCAGUUUGCAAGGCGUCUCGGAUGAGAUAGCGACGGUAAAGGAGCAAAUCGAUGGCUUGGAAGCCCAUUUGAGGUCACGAGAGCAGGUUCUCGCGGAUCUGAGGCAGGAGAUCGAGGACGAGAAAGCGAGUCGAUAGAUGUAGGGUACAGAAUUCGACUUUACGUAUUAUAAUCCAGCCAAGCGGUACAUUAUUAUUGCCCAACCAAGUCUUUGAUGGGUCUUGAAUUUGGUUUCAUAUGGGAGCUGCUCCUGAGGAUGGAUCACUGCAGCGGGGAGAGGAGGGUAUUGGUUAUGAAGAACUGUGUUCUGCUACCUGUAGGUAUCUCUAUAUGAAAUAACUGUAUCAGUAACAGAC